UAAGAACAAUGGUCAAGGAUAAGCCAAGCAUCCAGCGGUUGUGCGAAACAGGGACUUCAUCAUAAUUGCUGUUAAUAAAUUACAGUUGUGAUAAGAAACAGACGUGCUAUUUAUUGAUGGCAAAACUGUGUGAGGUCUCAGUUGAUCCACAGGAGCCGGAGUAGUUGGAAGAGAGACGGGACUCUCUGGAUUUGGGACAGACUCGAACACUGUCAGGGCCUCAUAGAGAGGGAGCAGCGGUCCUCCAGGCAGCAGAGGCGACGUGAUGCGACCCGGAGCCAAGCAGUAUGUGGUGGCCAGGCCGCUCUACUCGGAGGAGUCCUUCGCCCUGGAGCACGAGAAGGUGUACAGGCAGCGCAAGACCAUGCUGAACCACGUCAAGCAGUACUUCACAUGUGAUGCCAAGCGGGCCAAGGAUGCGGCGCUCUCGCUCCUGCCGGUCAUCGGCUGGCUGAAAAUCUACCGCCUCAAAGAAUGGCUGCUCAGUGACAUCGUGUCCGGGGUCAGCACUGGACUGGUCGCCGUCCUGCAAGGUCUGGCCUACUGUCUGCUGGCCUCUCUGCCACCCUGGUAUGGACUCUUCUCCGCCUUCUUCCCUGUCAUCAGCUACUUCUUCCUGGGAACUUCCAGGCACAUCUCAGUGGGUCCGUUCCCAGUCUUGUGUCUGAUGAUCGGCUCAGUAGUGACCAGGCUGGUCCCAGACGAGGGUCCGCCCACCAACAUCACAGGGUUCGAAGGCCUGACGAGGGACGAGCAGCGAGUGCUGGUAGCUUCGUCCGUGACCUUCCUCACCGGUAUCAUGCAGCUGGCGAUGGGCUUGCUGCAGGUGGGCUUCGUCGUCAUGUACCUGUCAGACACUCUGGUGUCCGGCUUCACCACGGCGGCUGCCAUCCACAUCCUGGUGUCACAGCUCAAGUUUGUGCUGGGCCUGCAGGUCCCGGGCCUCAGUGGACCAUUCUCCAUCAUAUAUACCCUGGAGAUCAUCUUCAACAAGAUCACCUCCACCAAUGUCUGCGACGUGGUGAUCUCCUUGGUCAUCAUGGUGGUGGUGUUCAUCGUGAAGGAGCUAAAUGACAGGUUCAAAUCCAAGCUACCGGUGCCCAUCCCCAUAGAAGUUAUCAUGACUGUCAUCGCAUGUGGAAUUUCAUAUGCCUUAGACUUCAAGACGAGAUAUGGCAUUGACGUCGUUGGCCAUAUUCCAAAAGGGUAUGAGCCUCCGAUGGCUCCAAACCUGCACGUCUUCCAGGAGACGGCAGUUGAAGCAUUUCCUAUGGCUAUAGUGGGUUUUGCUGUGGCCUUCUCUGUGGCAAAAGUCUACUCCGUAAAGCACGAUUACACCAUAGAUGGAAAUCAGGAGCUCAUAGCCUUUGGAGUUAGCAACAUCUUUGGAGCUACCUUCAGGUCUUUUGCUGCGAGUACAGCUCUGUCCAGGACUGCAGUGCAGGAAAGCACAGGGGGCAAGACGCAGAUUGCCGGUUUACUGUCUGCUGUCAUCGUGAUGAUCGUCACCUUGGCCAUUGGAUUUCUACUAGAGCCACUCCCUAAGUCUGUGCUGGGUGCUGUGGUCAUCGUCAACCUGAAGGGCAUGUUGAUGCAGUUCAGAGAAAUCCCAUACCUGUGGAGGAGGGACAAGCCAGACUGUGUGGUGUGGUUGGGCACCUGUAUCGCAGCCAUCCUGCUGGGACUGGACCUUGGAUUGGCUGCAGGCCUUGGCGUGGAGCUGCUCAGCGUUGUUCUCAGGACUCAAUUCCCUCGCUGCAGUCUGCUGGCCAACAUCAAGGGGACAGAUAUUUACAAAGACAGAAAGGACUUCAUUGAUGUGUAUGAGCCCGAGGGAGUGAGGAUCUUCAGGAUACCGUCGCCAAUCUUCUUUGCCAACAUUGAGUUCUUUAGGACCAAGCUGGUGGAAGCUGUUGGAUUUAACCCACUGCGAGUGCUGAGAAAGAGAAACAAAGCACUCAGGAUGAUCCGGAAGCUUCUAAAAGCAGGUGACCUGCAGUGGACAUCUAAAGGCUUCUUGAAUACCUCCUGUAGAGCGAUCAAGGAAUCAAAGGACGAGGGCACCAUGGAGGAGCUGGACCAGCCGACGGACUUCAAGGACCUUCCGGCCCGGAUCGACUGGAACGCCGAGCUUCCAGGCAACAUAAUUGUUCCGAGAGUGGACCUGCACAGCCUCAUCCUGGACUUUGCUGCGGUUUCCUUCCUGGACAUCUCUGCUCUGAAGGGGCUCAAAACGUUGCUGAGAGAGCUGAUCCGGGUUGAAGUUGAGGUCUACAUUGUGGCUUGUGAUCCUUACAUCCUAGAGAAACUGCAUGACUGUUGCUUUUUCGAUGCUGAAGUUCAGCCGUCGAUGUUCUUCCUGACACUGCAUGACGCCAUGCUGCACAUCCAAGAGAAACAUCCCCAGUUGGCCGAGAAGAAAUUUGACUAUGAAAAGAUUCUGACAAAAGUCACAGUUCACUACCCUGGAGGCAACUUGAGGAACAGAGACAGAACCGCUUCAGAUCCAGAAACGAGGUUUUAACUUCUGGAUGAGAAGAUGAUGAUUCCUGGAAGAAAUCCUCAUCAAAGAUGAAAAGAAUGAAAGUUUUAUAGAUCAUGCUGUACUAUACACUGAUGUGAUGAAUAAUGAAAUACUGCUUUUGACUUUAUUUAUGUGACAAUCUUCAUUUACCAACUAUAUGGUAGUUACUGGAAAGGAAACAAAUUCAAUAGUAUUGGUAUGUUAUUUAAUAGUUGUUUUUCUACUGUACAUAGUGACUUUGUAGACAUUUUAGGUGCAGUAUAUAUGUACACGCUGUUUUCAUGAUAAGGAGAAUAAAUUAUCUUUUUGACAAA